AUGAUUGCAGAAAAGCUCGCUGCGUAUUCAUCCAGUCCAAACGAUGAUUCCGAUGAAGCCGAGGAAAGUACAAAGAGGACUAGAGAACGACAAAAGGUAAUCAAAGGGCUUAUGUCGGAAGUUGGAAGCAAAGGACUGGGCGCUACAGUGCCAUUCGUAGAAGGAAGAGACUCUGGUCUCUCAUAUGCUCAACUUUGGAAAUUGCUACUAGUCAAGAACGAUCCGCAUGUCGUUGCUGCUUACUAUAUGGUAUCCCGUUUGAUCAUAUAUCAAAAACACAAUUCUGAAUCUUUCGAAUCCAAAGAUAACGUCUCGGUCCCUCCCAUAAUAAUCGAUCUCACGGUGUCGCUGGUCAAAGAAAUCGCAGAUUUCAAGGCUAAAGAUUUGACUGAUUUCACAAAUCUCCCUCAUCCGAUCCAAAGCAGCUUAUGGAAGGUGAAACGAACCGAAGAAUUACCUAGUGAUUACCAAGAUUACGACUUCUUCCGGGCUUGUGGUAUCUCCAAAAGAUCGAAACUGUCCUUAAAGCUAUUUGAAACCUUUCAUCGGAACGAAGGGCGAUCAAUCGCACAUGCACAGCAACAGAUGAGAAGGUAUUGGAACUUUGAGGAGGAAGAUAAUGAAGAACAAAUUUUGAUUGAUCAUUUAAUCGAAGAUGUCGUUGAACAAAUGGAAAUAGAAGAAUCGAGGAAAGAGGGACGACGCAGCAAGAUAGUCAAAGAUAAUGGGAGGAAGAUUCGUCUCUUUGAUGAUGAUGACUCGGAUGGAGAUUAUAGACCGAGAAAGAAGCCGUUCGAAGAUAAGCAUCUUUACGAGAAUAGGCAGUCUACGAAGAAACCUCAAGGGAAUCAUACCACUCGUCCCUUGACUGCUGCUAAAAACGAUCUCAGAAGGCAGUUCGAGAUAUUGGAAGAAAGUAAAAAGACGUCUACAAAGUAA